CGGAGCGUUUUGGGUUCCUUUUGCUCGUGUGCUCUCUUUGCGUCACGCGCGCGAUUUGUUGUUGUUGUGCUGAAGCGCCGCGACGUGAGGUUCCGCUACCGGGACUUGGGUCGUCACACUGUGGAUUGAUACGGACGCGCGCGCGGACAGGCAGUGCCACACCGGAAUUCGGCAUUCGGAAGUGAGUUUGACGAGUUGAGGUUCAUUCUGUGACGGUUAUAAAAGAUUCACUCGAGUGAAGGAAGAUAAAAGUGAUACUGAACCGAGUUGUGCAAAUUGUUCCAGACUUCAUUAUCAUGAGGAUUAAGGUUAAGCUGAAGAGGGUUUGAAGGAUAAAAACAGCUGAUAUAUACAUUGUGAGAAACUACCUGAACUAGUUUGAUUGUGCAACGGAACAAAUUUAGUGAUUUGGAAGUGAUAACAAAUUUAUAGAUUGAUCGUGGACAGAAGAUAUCCCACGACGCCGACGGUCGCCGUUUUGGAUCGGAAUAGCGACGACCUGCAGCAGCAAGUACCCUCCCGAAGAAAUGCCCCACACCGGUCAAGCAGGUGUCAACCAGCUCGGCGGCGUGUUCGUCAACGGUCGGCCCCUGCCCGACAUCGUCCGCCGGCGGAUAGUGGAGCUGGCGCUGAUGGGCGUCCGACCUUGUGACAUUUCCCGCCAGCUUCUGGUGUCCCACGGCUGUGUCUCGAAAAUUCUCACCAGGUUCUACGAAACGGGUUCGAUCCGGCCGGGAUCGAUUGGCGGUAGCAAGACUAAGCAAGUGGCCACGCCAACGGUGGUGAAGAAAAUACUACGCUUCAAGCAGGAAAAUCCGGGCAUGUUCGCCUGGGAAAUUCGCGACCAGCUGCUGGCCCAGAGGAUAUGCGAUCCCAACACGAUACCGUCGGUCAGCUCAGUCAACCGGAUACUGCGGAACGGUGGCCUCUGGACGGACGACAUGACGUCGAAUGAGCAAAUGAUGCGAGACUCCCAGUCGCACUCGUCCUCGUACAUGCCGUCCAAGCCGAUGACGACCCAUCCCUUGUACAGCCAAGCAACGCUGGAGCAGCAUCACGCCCUGUUGAACCAGUACCGCUACAGCAUGGCCUCGGCCGUGUCCCCGGACGGAAAGUCGGUGGUGCAUCCCCAUCCGUAUGUCGCCGGAGCGGCCCCCGUCCAGAAGACGGCCGCCGUCAACAUCAUCCAGCACGAGGGCCACACCCCGGCCAAAGUUCAACAAGACCCCACCAAGCACCAGCAGCAGCUAUCCCCGUCGACGCCAAAGGGUGAAUCCAAGAGUGAACCUUCGUCGUCGAGCACAACUCCGGUGACUAACGCGGCGGCGGCAGCGGCAGCGUCCCUCUCCCCGCAGAUGGCCUACCUGCCCAAGCACUGGAUUUGGAACACCAGCCUGUUUUACGCGGCGAACCGCAGUGUAGCGGCCGGGACCGACCCGGCGGCGGCAUUUCCCCACGGGUACUUUGCGUACGGAAAUCCGUUUGCCACGUCCGGUGGGUUUGCCGUGCAGCGGGACAGCUACCGGAACGAUGGAACGACCAGCUCGAACACCAGUUCGUCGCCGGUGCAGAUCACCGACGUCAACUCGGACGAUUCGUCGGAUAACCACGAUGAUUUGAGGACCAGCAUGUCCAAGAAGCGCAACCCGUACUCGAUCGAGGAGCUGCUCAAAAAGCCCGAAAAGCGCCAACGGUUGGACUCCUCGCUGACCAUCACCUGUGUGCCACACCAGCGGCCGUCCUCCACGGACGAGUACCACCCGCACCACGGUCACCGCUCGCCGUCGGCAUCCCCCAAGUCGGUGUCGCCUGCCCACAGCAGCAGCACUGCCGGUGGCCACUACCGGCCCUCGUCGGUCACUGGCGGUUCCGGCGACGAGGCGACCAUCAGUUUGGUCAAAUCGGUCAAGUCGGCGGCCAGCAGCGACAACAGUGUCAACAUUGAGAUUUGUGAUUAGGCAGAGUUUUUCUUUGUGUGUGUCUGUACACGGAAAGAAAUUGACGGGAUUGGGAACAGUGUCUAAGGUUUUUUAAAGAUCAAGACUCCUUUUCCAAAUUCAAACACGAAAAUUUACAUUUCGUCAGCACAAUUUCUUUUCGUUAACGCGUGUAAAUUUCCCUCCCCCUAACUUGCCAUAACCAUAGCGUUUGUUGAACUAGUUUUGUACGUACUGUUAUCCUAGGAGAAUCUCUCUGUACAUAUAUGUGUAACACUAAUCAGUAUAAGCAACUAACCAAUUAGAUCGAUUUUGAGAGAUCGAUCACCCUCUAGCCUAAGUGUAAUUUAUUAACGAAAAAGAAGGUAUAAUAAGCAAUUGAACGUACUGCAAAGAUCAUAAUUCGUUGCAAGAAAUUGUCAAAUUGGAAUUAAUCUGAAAUUGGAUAAAAAAAUUGACAUGCUCUUAUUUUGCUAAAAUAUUUCUCAAUAAAUGUAACAUUAAUUUUUUCAUUGCUCUUAAAGUUGUUUAAUCUUGCAGAUUUUUUUUUUCCAAAUGUUUUAUUGGUGAUUUGGCUUGGAUUAAACGAACCAAUAAAGUUUAAAAAUUACAUUAAACUACCGAAUGAACAUUUUUAGUUUCAGCAUUGGAAAACACUUUGAGAUUGUCAAAUUAAAAAAAAAUCAUUUUUGUUAGAGCACUUUGCUUUUUUUUGCAAUUUUAGAGUGGUUCCAAUUUCACAGUCACAAUGCAAUUGAUUGUUGGUAAUAUUCUAUAAGAAGACACUCAUAAUCUGAAACAUACUCUCCUCAAACAAGCAAAAAAGGAACAAAAAAUCAAAAAAAUAUGUCCCGUAAGCCCCCACCAGUGUAAGAUAAAGUAGACUAAUUGUUUCAAUAAACAGCCGAAGCGAAU